CGCUGCGUGAUUCUUUCAGCUGUUUUCGGUACGCGCUCCAUCUGAUGUGCUGCCACUGUGAGCAACCAACGUAAUCCCUGCGCGAACAGAACGUAAUCAUCAACGCGAACGAGACGCACAUAACUUUUUGCAUCAAUCAUCGCCAGCGAUGGCAGCCCAGUGGAUUCGCACAGCAAUUUCUCCGAAGCUCGCCGGUGCGCGGCUUUACAGCAGCAAAGUACACAAAUGCACCCUUAUCCCUGGAGAUGGCAUUGGACCAGAAAUCUCAGUUGCUGUACAAAAGAUCUUCGAUGCUGCCAAGGUACCCAUAGAAUGGGAAUCAGUUGAUGUAACACCAGUGAAGGGUCCAGAUGGCAAGUUUGGCAUACCACAAGCAGCCAUUGACUCCGUGAAUAGAAAUAAAAUUGGUUUGAAAGGACCCCUAAUGACUCCAAUAGGGAAAGGUCACAGAUCUCUCAAUCUUGCACUCAGAAAGGAGUUCAACUUGUACGCAAAUGUGCGACCGUGUCGAUCCUUGGAAGGUUACAAGACUUUAUACGACAAUGUUGAUGUCGUCACUAUCAGAGAGAAUACGGAGGGCGAAUACUCGGGUAUAGAGCAUGAAAUAGUAGAAGGUGUUGUACAGUCUAUUAAAUUAAUUACGGAGGAGGCGUCCCGUAGAGUAGCUGAAUUUGCUUUCCAAUACGCCACGGACAAUAGUAGGAAAAAGGUCACUGCUGUACAUAAAGCGAAUAUCAUGAGGAUGUCGGACGGCUUGUUUCUGAGAUGUUGUCGGGAGGCUGCGCAGAAGUUCCCGUCCGUUAAAUUCGAGGAAAGAUACUUGGACACAGUCUGCUUAAACAUGGUGCAAGACCCAGGCCAGUACGAUGUGCUUGUCAUGCCUAACUUGUACGGUGAUAUCUUAUCCGAUAUGUGCGCCGGACUCGUUGGAGGACUCGGUCUCACACCGAGCGGAAAUAUAGGUCUGAACGGGGCCUUGUUCGAAUCGGUGCACGGAACGGCACCAGAUAUUGCUGGCCAGGAUAAGGCAAAUCCCACGGCGCUGCUACUCUCCGCAGUAAUGAUGCUAAAGCACAUGGGAUUGACUAGCCAUGCAAAAAUCAUCGAACAUGCCGCUUACGAUACCAUCAAGGAAGCGAAGUAUCUGACUGGUGAUUUAGGUGGUAGCGCAAAAUGUAGCGAGUACACUGACGAAAUUUGCAAAAAAGUUUCCGCGCAAACCAAAUAAAAGGCAGACAUCGUUAAUCUAGACCUCAACUGCCAAAUACUCGUAGGGUUCGUGCGCUCGCGUUGUACGAGUUGCUAUUUUCUACCGUACACAGUCUCACAUGUAAAUUCAACGUAAAUUUGCGAUCGGAUUUGAAUAUUCAGGUCAUGUUUUGAGUAUUCUCCUAUUUGUCCACAUGUAUAAUAAGUAGUAGAAAUGUUUUAGGAUAUAUUCCCUCGAUUUAGUUCAUUACACAGGCAUGAUUUGACUUGAUUUGAACGAUCCACCCGGAACAGCAGUUUAGUUCGUUUCGUGUUUAUUCGUUAAAUGCGUCACCAUCUCUGUUAAUUGCAACGACUGAGCAUGUUUCUGUAUACAUCCGUCGUAAUGUAUCGUUAAACCUGUUCAGAGCAAAGUCUUAGUAGAUUAUUGUAAAGAUUAGUCAUGUACAUUAAAUUAGUAGGAAAUGCUGUACCAUAAUUUUAAAUAAUAUUGUUACGCGAGGUGUACAUCCUAUAGUAAGAGGACGAAGCAUAGAUUGAGAUUUCGAAAUCGCGCAGUAUUACAAAUGAAUAAAAGUUAUAAAACUGA